AUGGCACCAAAGCUCGAAAUCGCUUUCACCAUGCGUGCAUACUUAAAUAAAGCCAAUGUACUAGAUUUGGGGGCAAUCAAAUCAGGUCCUCAACGCGUCAUUGUCCCUAUCAGCCAUGGUUUUCUCGACGGGUCGGGUGUCCACGCGACGAUUCUUCCAGGAGGCUCCGACUGGUCUCUGGUCAACACCAGCGGCAACACCAUCCAUCUCGACGUACGCACGCAAGCUAGGUCCGAUGAUGAAAAGAACUUUUACAUUCACUACAAUGGUGUGGUCAAAUUCGACGAGAGUCUGGUAGGAUUUUUUCAGUGGGGCCAGGAUGCCAAAACGACAUCAUUCGGUGACCAUCACUGGUUCACGAUGCCAAUCAUGGAAACGAAUCAUACGGAAUACAAGUGGGUGGAAGAGACCGUUUUCGUCGGGCAAGGCCGUUGUGUUGUUGACUCGGACGGUGCUCAGGCAGUCGAGUACCAGAUAUACAGGGUGAUGAACUAG